CCGGCGGCGACUUCGCGUCCCGGCCGGGCGGUGGGCGACGGCCCUAUGGCGGCGUUGCCCGCGCGGGCGGAGCUGGGCUUCGCUGAGGAGGCGCCGGCGUGGCGGCUGCGCAGCGACCAGUUCCCCAGCAAGGUGGGCGGGCGGCCGGCGUGGCUGGGCGAGGCCGGGCUGCCCGGGCCCGGGGACCUGGCCUGCGCGCGGUGCGGCCGGCCGCUCGCCUUCCUGCUGCAGGUGUACGCGCCGCUGCCCGGCCGCGCCGACGCCUUCCACCGCGGCCUCUUCGUCUUCUGCUGCCGCGAGCCGCCGUGCUGCGCCGGCCUGCGAGUUUUUAGGAAUCAGCUACCCAGGAAAAAUGACUUUUACUCAUAUGAGCCACCUUCUGAGAAUCCUCCCCCAGAAACAGGAGAAUCUGUGUGUCUCCAGCUUAAGUCUGGCGCUCGUCUCUGCAGGGUUUGUGGCUGUUUAGGCCCCAAAACGUGCUCCCGAUGCCACAAGGCACAUUACUGCGGUAAGGUGCAUCAGGCUCUGGACUGGAGGUCAGGACACAAGCAGGCGUGUUCACAGCCAGAUCAUUUGGACCAUGCAAUUCCAGACCACAACUUCCUUUUUCCGGAAUUUGAAAUUGUAGUAGAAACAGAAGAUGAGAUUAUGCCUGAAGUUGUGGAAAAGGAAGAUGCUGCAGAGAUUGUGGGCAGCAUGGGGAGACAACGGGAAGCAGCGACACUCAGUGGUCAGGUGCUCACAGUCUCAUGGAGGAGCCCAGAUGACACUUGGGGAAGUUAAAGUCCAUGUGAUGACUGAUAAUACGGGUGCCACGGGAAGACGUGUGACAUCACUAAAAAUCUCCUGGCAGGGGCUGUGCACGCAUCUCCAUGUGUGUACAUUGUUGCUUGUUUUUAAAAAGGUCAAAUAAUGAAAAUGCUCACCUGUAGGAGAAGGGAGAGCAUAGAGUAGGAGGGUUGAGGAUGAAAGCCGGACUUUGAAUAUGCCUUGUUUAUGUGGAUGUGACUGUGGAACCAUGUGUGUGUUUUGUACGGUUACGGAGUAAAAUUAAGUUUUAAAAAGCAAUCCUGAAUCAUCACGAGUAAGUGAAAGUGUAUCGAAUUAGUUGGAUAACUGCACAGCUCUUCUAAAUGACUUCAAAAAAUAGGACAGUACAUCCUUAGUGUAAUAUACCCCAAGAACAAAAAGGACUGAAAGAAGAUGUUAGUAUUUUCAGUAAACUUGUUGCUAGAAUGUUGCUGUUGUUACUUUGAGGUGGUUGUGUGUGUACUGAGUGCCAAGCAAAGGAGUAAUUAUGUUGGAGUUACUGAGAACUGAGGUGCUGAGUGUGGUAGACGAUGUUGAUGGAUAAAAUUAAAUACAAACCUAUAGGUCUGACUUUAUACUGGAAUUAUCAGUUAUGAACUUGCGAUGUAUUUAAUCCACUAUAAAGACAGAAAUAAUGGCCAACUCAGUACCAGUUGGGUAUCCCUGCUGGCCAGAUGGUGGUGUCUGAAUACCAUUUCUCUCUAAAUGGAACUCCAGGCUCUUUUGGGAGGUGGUGAUUCCAGAACUGGGUCAGGAAAUGUUCAAAUAACAUUGGAACAUGGUCAUACCAGAGAUCUGGGAAGCUAUCAAAGGUUAAUAGGCUCAUGUCAGAAGGAUGCAAGAACCAGUGUGAAAGGCUCUUAUUGGCAAAAGAUUGAUAAUUUGGACAUCUACUAACUGCAGUGGAUUGAAACAUGUCAAAUAU